AAAGCAAGGUUAUUUCCGUUUCGUAUUUUGGUCUCGAAGAUAGAUAAUAUAAUUUGUUUUGUAUGACAAAACUAGAUCUCUAGAGUAUUCUAGAGUCAAGAUCUAAUGGCAUUCAGUGUUAUACGUCUGAUUUUAAAACCCUUAAUUCCUAAGUCUAUAUCUGUACAGAAAACAUGCAUUCGAUGUGUGUCAACCAGACUUGCAGAAGUGGGGAUCUUAGAAACACCACGUGAACAAGGGAAAGCUUAUGAUACAGGACAGCUUUUUUUGCACAAAAUAUUUGGCUACAGAGGAAUCAUUUUAUUUCCCUGGCUAGCUCAUGUGUAUGACCGUGAUACAGCGGCAAAGUUGGAUGACAGGUCAGUGGAGGAUCAAACCACGGCUGUUGGUAAAGAAGUCAAGGGCAAGAACCACAUGUAUUACCAGGUCUUGAUUGAUGCCAGAGACUGUCCACAUAUAAGAGCUCAGACUGAGGCAGUGACAUUUCUUGGCAAUCAAGACAACAGCAGAGCACUCUAUGCAAUACCAGGGUUAGACUAUGUGGCUCAUGAAGACAUUCUCCCUUACACCAGUCCAGAAGUGACACCUAUUCAACAUGAACUCUUUGAUAAAUUUCUUCUGCAUGAACCAGACACAAAUCCACCAUUUGUGGCCCAUGAUACCCUCAAUGCCUGGCAGGAGAAGAAUCACCCUUGGUUACAGUUGUCGGAUGUACACAGAGAGAGUACUGAAGGCAUUCGGGUGACAGUUAUCCCCUUCUACAUGGGUUGCAGGGAGGCACAGCAGACUCAUGUCUAUUGGUGGCGUUACUGUGUCCGGCUAGAGAACAGGGGUACAGAGACUGUACAACUUAGAGAAAGGCACUGGCGGAUAUUUAGCUUAUCUGGAACAUUAGAAACAGUUCGGGGAAGAGGGGUAGUUGGGCAGGAACCAGUACUUUCACCAGAACAGCCAGCCUUCCAGUACUCUAGCCAUGUUUCUUUGCAGGCACCAAGUGGACACAUGUGGGGCACCUACAAAAUGGAGAGACGAGAUGGCACCAGUUUUGACUGUAAAAUCCCCCCUUUUUCUUUAGAAAGUAAAUCAGACGACUCCAGUCCUCAUCAAUUUUUAGGAAGUUAGACAGCACUACAUCUGUUAUUGUAAAUAGAUUUUAACUUAAUUGCAGUACUUUAAUGAUGAAUGAUUAUAAACUUGUGUUUGUUUACCAAGUCACAUUGUUUAGAC